AUGACUCCAGCGGUGCUCAGCAGGCUGAGGAGGCGCUUCAAAAGAACCAAGGAUAGAAGCACAGCCAAGGAUAUUCACAGGAAAGUGGAGGAAGCGAUGCACGUGGCGGCGGCGGCGGAGGGAGUCGAGUUCUCAAAGAGCCCACCGCCCAGCAUCGAUACGAGCUUACACUGGGAGGGCUUCGUAUCCGCCAUUGACGACAUUUUCGGGCAUCAUAAGUUCAGGACACAUGCGCGUCAGCUGUGUCAGGCGCUGGACCCGCUGGGAAGCGGGCGCGUGCGCUGGGGGGAGCUGCUGAGCCGCUUGCAGCGCGCACCCCGUGCCUCACCUCUCUGCAUGCCACCCCUCUGCAGCAAGCCACAGCAGCUGCGACACUGCAAGAGAGAGUGCAUAGUGAAGCUGGUGAGCGUAGAGCGGGAGGACUCGUUCUGCUACGUGGCUGUGUCCAGAGGCGGCCGAGCGGGAGUGUACAGUGGCCACCUCAAAUUACUCAGUACUUAUCAGUGCCUGGCGUAUAGCUCGUCGGCUGUGGGCGGGUGGCUGGCGGUGGGCACGGCGCGCGGCGCGCUGUGCGAGCUGCACGUGCGCGCGCCGCUGCCCGCCGACUCGCCGCCCUACUGCACUUGGCACGGGGUGAGUUGUUUCCACUGGGUGGCGGAGUUGAAGCUGGUAGUGACGGGCAGCUGCGAUGGUGCCGUGCGACUGUGGGACGUGGCGCAGCCGGCACCUUACGCACGUCUCAGCGCACCUGCAGCGAUGCCAGUACUCGAUGUGGCAGUCGUGCCACACCUCCAGAUUGCGGUUGCUUAUCACAAUAAUUGCACCGUAAAUAUCUGGGACUUACAACAGGAGUGUUUGCUUCACUCCGUUAAGAUCAAGUUCCCUUUCCUCGGAGUGUUGGGGAAAAAGGUGGAGUUUGGGACAUACUGCAUACAUCCAGGGCCACCUCGUAAGAAUGAAGCAACAGAAGACUUGCAAGACGAAACGACUUUGUCCUCACGACCCGACUCCUCACUAUCUGGUGAGGAUGACAGAGGAGUCCAAUCAGAAAAUAACUCGUAA